AUGGCCACGGACUCAUCCAGUGCAGAGACAAGCCAUAACCACAGACACACAUACCAGCUCCAUGCCAUUGUUUCAUGUGCCAAACUCAAGAGAAAGAAGAGCGUUUUCGGCGCUGCCAUUUAUGUGGAGGUGACAGCAGAGGGAGAGACCCGGCGCACGACCAAAUCUCAAAGCUCCUCCAACCUAAAAUGGAACGAGAGGCUCACUCUCACCAUGAAUGGAGCAGACCCGGGCCAGCAGUCCAGUUCCUGCUCAGCCUCCAGCGGUGCAGAUGGUCAGGUGCCUUCCAGUUCCUGCAGCCCUCCUCUCCAUCAUGUCCCCAGCCUGACCAAUGGAGAUGCAACAGCCAACUCCACCCCAGUGCACCAAUGUGCAGACGGAGACCCAGACGCCAGAAUGGUGAAUGGAAACUCCUCUGAGACUGUUCCCAGGCAAUCUUCAGCAUCUAGAAGGGAAGCACAGCCACCUGCGGGUGUAAAUGAGGAGAGCGCUCUAGAUGCUUCCCUGCCAAAUCCUGAAACCUCUCCAGCCGGCUCCUCCCGGCCUCCUCCUGCUUUCACACCUUCGCCAGCAUCGUCUGUCGCUGCUAAACCUGCCGAUGGCAUCGCUGCUGCUUCAACCACCUCAGCCUCUUCAACCCAGGGGGCUACCACCCUCACCGCAUCCUCAUCAUCGUCCUCUUCCUGCCCUGAGUCAGGAGAAGCGAGUGCUUCAGGAGCUGGAGGCAGUAGCAGCAGCUCAACCACAACUGAUGGGGUGAAGCCCAGGCAACAGGCCCCUAAUGCUCCAGCAUCAGAUCCUCUUCCACCAGGGUGGGAGCAGAGAAAAGAUCCUCAUGGGAGAACCUACUAUGUAGACCACAACACCAGAGCUACUACCUGGGAGAGGCCACAGCCAUUACCUACAGGAUGGGAACGUCGAGUGGACGAUCGCGGUCGGAUCUAUUAUGUUGACCACAACACCCGCACCACCACGUGGCAGCGCCCCACGAUGGAAUCUGUGCACAACUUUGAGCAGUGGCAGAGCCAGCGCAGCCAGCUGCAGGGAGCUAUGCAUCAGUUCAACCAGAGAUACCUCUACUCUGCAUCUAUGAUGUCUGCUGAGAACGAUCCUCUUGGCCCUCUACCUCCUGCCUGGGAGAGGCGUGUGGACUCUAAUGACAGAGUUUACUUUGUGAACCACAGCACCAAGACCACACAGUGGGAAGACCCAAGAACCCAAGGCACCAAAGGUCCACAGAUCGCAUAUGAACGCAGCUUUAGGUGGAAGCUCGCUCACUUCCGCUACCUUUGCCAGUCUAAUGCCCUCCCGAGUCACGUAAAGAUCAACGUCUCCAGACAGGCGCUGUUUGAGGACUCCUUCCAGCAGAUUAUGGCGCUGAAACCAUACGACUUGAGGAGGAGGCUGUAUGUGAUCUUCAGAGGCGAGGAGGGUCUGGACUAUGGUGGCUUAGCCCGGGAGUGGUUUUUUCUCUUGUCCCAUGAAGUGCUGAACCCCAUGUACUGUCUGUUUGAGUACGUUGGCAAGAACAACUACUGUCUGCAGAUCAACCCGGCAGCGACCAUCAACCCAGAUCACCUCUCCUACUUCUGCUUCAUAGGCCGCUUCAUUGCAAUGGCCCUUUUCCAUGGGAAGUUCAUUGACACUGGCUUCUCUUUGCCUUUCUACAAACGAAUGUUGAACAAGAAGCUCAUCCUUAAAGACCUGGAGUCUAUUGACCCUGAGUUUUACAACUCACUCAUAUGGAUUAGGGACAACAACAUAGAGGAAUGUGGGCUGGAGAUGUACUUCUCUGUGGACAUGGAGAUCUUGGGGAAGAUCUCUUCACACGACCUGAAACCUGACGGCUCUGAAGUUCUGGUCACUGAAGGAAACAAGGAGGAGUACAUCAGUCUGAUGGCAGAGUGGAGGUUUUCCCGUGGGGUCGAAGGUCAAACCAAAGCUUUCCUGGACGGCUUCAAUGAGGUGGUUCCACUUCAGUGGUUGCAGUACUUUGAUGAAAAGGAGCUGGAGGUGAUGCUGUGCGGCAUGCAGGAGGUUGACCUUCAGGACUGGCAGAGGAACACGGUGUAUCGUCACUACACCAGGAACAGCAAACAGAUCAUGUGGUUCUGGCAGCUGGUGAAGGAAGUGGACAAUGAGGUGCGGCUGCGGCUCAUGCAGUUUGUGAUGGGGACCUGUCGGCUCCCUUUGGGCGGCUUUGCUGAACUUAUGGGAAGUAACGGACCUCAGAAGUUCUGCAUUGCGAAAGUGGGGAAGGAGACAUGGCUUCCCCGUAGCCACACAUGCUGUCAGUAUCCCACUGUGAGCACAUUGACACAGCAGUAUUUGGGGAGGCGCUGCCGACCCGCUGCUCCCAGAGAUGGCAGUAGAGCCGUAACUGACUGCGGGGCCUGUGCGGUGACCAGCGGCCCUGACGUUACUGAACCACGGAGUGCAGUGAAGCAGCGCAGAGCCGGGAAAAAAAGGUAA